AGGCUGAAACAAAAGCAUGUUACAUUAUAGAAUGGCGAUAAGUUGUAUCUGGGAAACCAUUGUAGCAUAACACUUUCAAUUUCAUUCAUAUCUGCAGAGAAGAAAAUUGUGUCAUGGAGAAUGUGGGUAGGAAAAAGUUGGGGCAGCAGGGACUUUGUGUGUCUGAACAGGGUCUGGGAUGUAUGGGUAUGUCCUUUUUGUAUGGCCCUCCCAAACCUGAGCAAGAAAUGAUAGACCUCAUUCACUAUGCUGUGGGCAGAGGUGUCACUUUUCUUAAUACUUCAGACAUUUAUGGACCAGAAACCAAUGAAAUUCUUCUAGGAAAGGCUCUGAAAGGUAUCAGAGAGAAGGUCCAGAUUGCUACUAUGUUUGGAUUGGCUUGGACUAAUGGAGAAUUCGGUGUGAAGGGAGAUCCUGCAUAUGUCAGGGCUGCCUGUGAAGCAAGCCUCAAGAGGCUUGAUAUAGACUACAUCGAUCUUUAUUAUCAGCACAGGGUGGAUACUACUGUGCCCAUAGAAGCUACUAUGGGUGAACUGAAGAAGCUGGUAGAAGAGGGAAAAAUAAAAUAUGUGGGUCUGUCUGAAGCCUCUGCUUCAACAAUCCGUAGAGCACAUGCAGUGCAUCCAAUCACUGCUGUGCAGCUUGAAUGGUCUCUCUGGAGUAGGGAUUCUGAGGCCCAAAUUAUUCCCACCUGCAGGGAGUUGGGGAUUGGGAUUGUUACAUACAGCCCUUUAGGCAGGGGUUUCUUUGCCUCAGGAGCAAAACUUCUUGAGAGUUUGACUGAUGAUGAUUUUCGUAAGGUGAUUCCAAGGCUUCAAAGUGAGAAUCUUGAGCACAACCAAGCUCUGUUCCAAAAGCUAAGUGAGAUCAGUUUACGAAAAGGAUGCAGCCCAAGCCAGCUUGCUCUUGCAUGGGUUCAGCACCAGGGGAAUGAUGUUGUCUCCAUACCCGGAACCACCAAGAUUAAGAACUUGGAUGAUAAUAUAUUUUCUAUCUCUGUAAAUCUGACUGCAGAUGACAUGAGGGAAAUUGAGGCUAUUUUUCCUGUAGAUGCUGCAGCUGGAGCUCGAAACAGGGCAGAUCAUUUGGAAUUCAGCUGGAUGAAUUCAGAAACGCCCCCUUACAAUACUCUCCAUUGAAUUGAAGCACAUAAAUUUCCCCUUACAAUACUCUCCAUUGAAUUGAAGCACAUAAAUGUGCACUGCAAUACCUGCGUAAGAUAAAGGCAUUGCAGGGCAGAGCAUUUGCAAUUGAGCUAGAUGAAUAAAGGCUUAUGAAGAAUUAGAAACAUAAAAAAUGAUGAAAAUAAAUAGAUUUUUAAAAUCUUGUUCUACUAUAUUUGUAAUAACUAGACAUGGUAUUUUCAGUCUAUUAAAGUAAUUGUAGAGAGCUUUUGGUGAAUAACGGUAUAAAGUUUUUUAUAAACCUGAUAGAAAUAUAUGUCAUUCAUAGAAAGGCACGAAAUUGACAUAUAUGUUAAAGACCAAUUAACUAUUUCUCUAUCUAUAGUGGGAUU